AUGUUGGCUUAUUAUAGAGAGCCCUUCCCUGCUUCAUUCACGGAGCUCUCUUCCUUGACGAGCCUUGAGCUGGAUUCCUGCGCGCGAGAAGUCCAGCUGCCGGAAGCCCUGGGGGAGCUGAAGAUUCGAGCCAGUUCAAUCCACGCGCUACCUGUAUCAGUCUUACAGCUCACUGGGCUUCAAACCUUGGAGAACAGCGAACUUUCUGAAGUACCCUCGAGGCUGGAUAUUCUCGUGGGGCUUAAGUCGCUGAAGAUAUCGGACUGUACCAGGCUCAGUAGACCUCCUGCCAGUCUGCCAAGCUCUCUUCAGACCCUCUAUUUGGGCGACUUUGCAAGAGGCUCUUCCCACGUCAUCGACAUCUCCCAGCUGCCGCAGCUGAGAGAGCUGGAACUGAGCGGCGUUAGGGUGCAGUGCGGGCCUGCAGAAAGCGGGAGGCUGCCGUGCCUAGAGCAGCUGGAGCGGCUGCGGCUGUUUGAAGGUUCGGAGUUGCCGACCCCCCUGCCCGUUCUCCCCCACCUGCGCCACUUGGUGACUAGGGUGGGUGAAGGUUGCAGACCCCCGGAAAACAUGGCGGCAGCGUUGCCGCAGUUGCGGGAGCUGAAGCUUUAUUGUUAUUCAGAGGAAUUGCCGGGAAUCGUACUGGAGCUCACCUCGCUGACGUCACUCACGCUUCAAGGGCUUUCGCUGGCAUCACUACCUCAAGGCAUGAGCUGCUUGUGUCGGCUGCGCAAACUGGAGCUGAUUAACUGCGACCCCUUGCAGGAGCUCCCUGAGUGUCUGUCCCAGCUGCAGCAGCUCAUACUUCGUGACACCUCCAUUCUCUCGCUUCCCGCGAAUCUCGUGCGACUUACUGAAGAGGGACCUCGGUCAAUGAAUGAGGAGGGAUCAGAGUCAAUGAGUGAGGAGGGAUCUGACGCAAUUAGUGAGGUGGGAUCUGAGGCAAGGAGUGAGGAGGGAUCGGAGGCAAGGAGUGAGGAGGGAUCGGAGGCAAGGAGUGAGGAGGGAUCUGAGUCAAGGAAUGCUGGAUGCUGGAUGGCGAAGGUGUCUUUGGAGAUGCUGGCAGGCACCUCGUUGUCUCCUCCACUGAUGCUCAUGGCCAUGGGGGGCCGGGGGUGGGGGGAAUCGGAGGGAGCCUGGAAGGGAGGUGGGCUUACGGGGCACGAGGAGGACAGAAAGAGCAGCAAGGGCUACUGCUUGGGUUCGCUCGUUGACUCUACCACUGAUGCUGACGACCGUGGCGGCGCUAGCGAACAACGGCAAUGGGGGCAACUUGAAAGCGUGCUGAGCGCCUUGGCACGCCUACAUGCAGCUACCAAUAUCCGAGCGUCCAAGGACACGGGGGGCUGCCCAUUGGACAUGUUCAUCGAGGGGGUAGAGAGGGGUGGCGGGGAGGGCGGCGCUCGUGGGCGGGCUGCUGCCGCUGCACAAGGCAGGGGAGCUGCGGGCGGCCGUGUCGGUCGUUAG